AUUCACUAGUCGUGCCAUUCCAAUCACCUCGGCGAGAUCAGUCCAAACUCCAAAGAAAUCAAGAAUUCGCAGAUGAAGGUGCUUGUGGCGGUGGACGACAGCCGUGGCAGCCACCGCGCGCUGUCCUGGGUGCUCGACCACCUCUUCUUCCCCGCCGCCGCCACCGGCGACGGCGGCGAGGAGGAGCAGGUGCCGCGGCCGGCGCCGGAGCUGGUGCUUGUCCAUGCCAUUGAGCCGCUCCACCACGUCAUGUUCCCCGUCGGCCCAGGGUCGGCGGUGUACGGCGCGGCGUCGAUGAUGGAGGCGGUGCGGGCGGCGCAGGCGGAGAACGCGCGGAACCUGCUCGUCAGGGCGAGGCUGAUCUGCGAGCGGCGUGGGGUGGCCGCGGCGACGGUGGCGGUGGAGGGGGAGCCCCGGGAGGCGCUGUGCCGCGCCGCUGAGGACGCCGGCGCCGGCCUGCUCGUCGUCGGCAGCCGCGGCCUCGGCGCCCUCAAGAGGGCGUUCCUGGGCAGCGUCAGCGACUACUGCGCGCACCGCGCGAGCUGCCCGAUCAUGGUCGUCAAGCCGCCUCCCGACGCCGGCGACGAAGACGACGGCGGCCACUGCACGAGCAACUGAACUGAUGAUGGAUCGCCAUUACAUCCGGAAGACCAGCUUUCGAGGGGGAAAGAGAAUCAAGAGAGAGACACUUGUUUUACCAUUGUUGUUCCUGCUCAGUGCUGAAUUUGUCCUUCCAAAGUUCCUACCCUGAAGCGCCGUCAAUAAACAUUUUUACUGUGUGCUGCCCUGCGUCU